GAUACACACACAUACACCGUGUGACAGCAGCAGCAGCAGAAGGAGACAUGCAUCAUAUGACAACAGCUGCAGAGACAGUCACACACACACAUGCAUCAUGUGACAGCAGCAGAGACAUACACAAACACAUGCAGCAGCAGACAGCACUGUGACUCGCCGCAGAAUUAGAGAGAUACACACACACAUACACCGUGUGACAGCAGCAGCAGCAGCAGAAGGAGACAUACACACAUGCAUCAUGUGACAGGCGCGUCUGCCCUCUCCUCACCCCCUCGCCCCCGCUCCACCCCCUCCUGCUGACGUCACCGCUUCCUGCGUCCAGGCGGCAGAGAGCCCCGCAGACUGAGUCGAUAGACAGCGGGAGGGAGGAGGCUCGUGUGCAGCGGUGACGUCACGGGCCGUAUCCCGGGAGGGGAGGCACUGGUAGCCUGACACCGAGCCAGAGCAGCGCUGACACCGGAGCAGGAUCGGAAUGGCCAGAGCUGCCAAGAUAAAGAUAUGGCUUUCUGAAAUAACACACCUGCAGAAGAGGAGUGCUUUUAAUUCUUGGAUAUAUGUUUAGAAAUAACUCGUGUUAACUGGAUCCUAGAAACUACAUUGCUGGAAGCACUGUCGCCAUUAGAUCUUCAUUUUACCAACUGACUUCGCUCUCUGUUGCAACGUGGAUGCAGUUUUUGUAAAAUAGAUAUUGAUUAAAUAAAAUAAAAAAUAUAUAUAGGAAAAUAUAUAUAGUCAUUCUACUUAGGUUAAAGUAAAAUUAACAGUACAUGCGCACUUUAUAAUUAUAUUGCACACUGCACUCCUCGCUGGUUGAAGAUUUGGGAUUUUUAUUUUCCAACUACCAAUUAAUUUAUAUUUUUGUUUUUAUUGUGUCAUUGCAGAGGACCUGCAAAUGUAGGCACAUUGUUUUUUUAUUUUUUAUUGCCUGACUAUAUAUAUUUCAUAUAAAUAAUGUAGCAUGGAUUUGUUCUAGCACUUACCCAAAAUUUGGUUAUAUUUUAUUUAUUGAUAUGAUGAUGGCCUCUAGAGAUUAAAAGUCGGUAGACCUGAACUUUUUGAAAUUUGUUUUCCAAAGGAAGUGCAAAUAUGGGGGAUGAUGGUAGCCCACCACUAAAAAAACUGGCAAAGGAAAUUGAUAUUAAUGCAGAAGUUCCUAAUGUUGCAAAUAAGGUUAUAGCAAUCAAAAUGGAAAUAGAGGACUAUAAAGACACUGCCAUAGAGGAGACUAAAGAUGGUGUCAAAUCAGCAAGUGUAACACUCAGUAGAUCUUCUGAGAUGAACCCUGGACUGAAACAUACAUUGGCACAGUUCAAUUUAAGCAGCCGGAGUUCGCUGGGUGGACCUGCUGCAUUUUCUGCUCGGUUUUCACAAGAAAAUAUGUCCCCAACUGUAUUCUUGCCUCUUCCAUCCCCACAGAUUCACCCUGGGCCACUUCUCAUUCCAUCAGACAGUUCAACAGAGCUCACCCAGACAGAUCUGGAGGGAGAAUCGAUUUCUUGUUUUAUGGUGGGAGGUGAGAAAAGACUCUGCCUUCCUCAAGUCUUAAACUCUGUUCUGAGAGACUUCUCACUUCAGCAGAUUAAUAUUGUGUGCGAUGAAAUGUACAUAUACUGCUCACGUUGUACAUCAGACCAGCUUCACAUUUUAAAAGUUUUGGGAAUUCUUCCUUUUAAUGCUCCAUCUUGUGGACUGAUCACUUUGACAGAUGCCCAGAGACUAUGCAAUGCUCUUUUGCGACCACAUUCUUUUCCACAAAAUGGCAGCUUGUUGCCGGCAAAAAACUCUUUGGCUCAAUUAAAGGAAACGGGUAGUGCCUUUGAAGUUGAACAUGAUUGUUUAGGAAAGUGCCAAGGUUUAUUUGCACCUCAACUCUACAGCCAGCCUGACACCCCUUGCAUUCAGUGUUUGGAAUGUUAUGGGAUGUUCUCAACACAGACUUUUGUCAUGCACUCUCAUCGGUCGCCAGAUAAAAGAACCUGCCAUUGGGGCUUUGAUUCUGCCAAGUGGUACUGUUACCUUCAUCUGAGCCCGAAAUAUAUGAAUACUCCAGAUGGCAAAAAGAUGAAGGUUCUUUUACAGGAAAUGAAAGAGAAGUUUAGUAAGAAGAACCAACCCAAGAGAAUCCAACCUAAAAUGGAACAUGUACAGACCUUGGAACUGCCAUCUUGGUACCCAGUAAUCAAGCAGGAAGAUGAUGGCACCAGUCAAUCACAGUUGCUGCAUCCAAGUUACUAUCUCUACAUGUAUGAUAAAGUGGUAGCCCCAAAUGUGUCCCUUUCCGCUGCUGUAUCGCAGUGCAAGGACUCCAAACAAAUGAGAAUAGAGACUGAGACGAGCAAGUCAUUACUGGCAGCAUCGGAGAAUCUGGCCCGGAGCACCAAACAUAAAUCUACUACCUCAUAUCCUGACCUAUCCAUAGAGGAACAGGAGAGAGUAGAUGUGAAAUCUGAUAUAGUGACCAGCAAUAGACAGCAAGCAGACUCUGGAAACGGGGGGAAAGAUGGAACAAUCUGCAGUAAAGAAGAUGUAAAUGAGGAUGACAAGUCACAUAUUAUGGAAGAAGUUGUAAAAACUUUUCUGAAACAACAAGAAAAAUUGAAUUACAUUUUACAGAAGAAACAACAAAUCCAGAUGGAGGUGGAAAUGUUGAGCAACUCAAAAGCCAUGAAGGAACUGACUGUCGAGCAGCAGAAUUUGCAGAAAGAGUUUGAAUGCUUGCAGGCAGAACAUAUACAGAAGAUGGAGGAAUUGUAUGAUGAGCAACGGGAUUUAGAAGAAAAGCUGAAGCAAGUUAAGAAGCAGAAAUGUUCGUGUGAUUCCAAUGCAGAGAGGGAGAAAGAGACUCAGUAUGCAAACCAGUUGAUAGAACUGCGGCAGAGACUGGACCAGGCUGAAGCUGACCGAAGAGAACUGCAGGAUGAGCUGAGGAGAGAGCGAGACGCCCGGGAGAAGUUGGAGUUAAUGAUAAAAGAGCUGAAGCUUCAGAUAUUGAAAUCAGCGAAGAGUGGUAAUGGGGAGUAGAAGCUACAGCUCACGGACCGGCUUUACGUUGUAGCUUGGACUGCAAGUGAGCAGUUUUACAUGAUGCAUACUGAGCGAAGUGGUUAUCACCUGGUAGUCGGAUGUGGUGAAAUGAAUAUGUGCAAUUUAGAAUUCCUUCACUGCUGGGAAACCACUCUGUAUAACAUGUACUUUCAGCUCGCCCUACUAGCUAAAGAUCCUUCCCCCUGAAUCCUGCCCUGUGUAAUGUGCAGUAAACUUUGCAUCACAAGCCUUUCCCAGAAGCCCCUUUGUUUGCAUUGAUUAAUAGCUUGCAAGAAUCUAAACUGCCCACUCGGAUCUCCAUAUUCUCCAGCAUUACAUCACAUGUGCACUUUUGACCUCCAUAUGUGUGGCAGCUGCUUGACAACCCUCACUAUCUUGUAGCUUAACCAUGACAUAGUGCUGCUACUUGUUGUGUUUUGGGGCUGGGUUACUUGGUGUUGUCAAAAAUGGUUUUGUUUUGUUUUUUUGUGUCCUUGCAUAAGAAGCUCUGAAAUGUUCCACUACCCACAUAUAUGGGGUCCAUUAUAACCUUUGGGUACAUCAUACUCCAGCUGUCAAAGCCACAUGGGCUUCUAUGCAUUCAUCAACCUUCAGUGAGUAUCUUCCAGUAUUUAUAUUGCCAGCCAAGGAUAGGCUACCUUGAUGCUUUUCAAAGUAUAAAACCUGAAGCCCUUGGCAUUCACUCGUUGGUACCAGUAUGCCAACAGCUGUAUGAACACAUACAGUAAGGUACUCCGCAUUGUAUUUAAACUUUCCAAAUGAGGUUUACUGAUAUUGUAUUUUGUUUUUGCCCAUAUAAUUAUAAUUAUAUUUAUUCUUAGUGACUUAUUUUGAGAUUAGCACCAGGAAAGAAAUCUGCUUUCACUAACUGAGCUGAAGAAUAUCCAUAAAGGGUGGCCUGCACCUAGAUCUGUAUAUAGGAAGACUGCUGCAGAAUCGGAUCAUUGUUUCAGUGCUAGCAGAAAACAGCAAUAAACUAGAGGGAGUGAUAUUUAAAUCACUGCUAUUUUAUGUCAGCUAUAUGUGUUUGCUCUACAUAAUGUACUGAGUAAUCCUACAAAAAAUAAGGUGAAUAAGAAAAUAUAUUCAAGUGCAUAAACAUGCAGUGAUAACUGUGUUUGUGUUACAUGCUACUUAUGCACCAAAUUUCUUUUUGUGAGCGAAUAAAGAAAAUGUACUGGAAAUAUGCAUAUAUAAUUCAUGUCCACUCCUGUGGUAAGAUGGUGGAGAUAUAUACAGGGAACACAUCUAGAGAGCAAGCCUGGAGCUAUUUCUUUGUUUUAGAGACCUUCACCAUCUUUACUAUAUUGCAGUUCCGUUCUGCAUCUAAAGACACGUUUUGCUACAGCAACUAAUUUAUCCAUUAUGUUAUUAAUCUUGAUUUCUAAAUAUUUAAUAUAAAGUUAUUAUGUUGGCUGUGAAUACGUAUAAGCCAAAACUGGUUAAUAUGUGUUUCUGUAUGUGGCUUGUAGACACCUCUUUCUGCAGCUAUUAGUAGAAAUAAUAUUAAAAUGACAUAUGUACAUUGGUAUAAUGCUACUGAAUAGUAACUAACUUGUGUUUCUUAGAGGUCUGUUUACUAAGCCUUGGAGAAAGAUAAAGUACCAGACAAUCAGCUCCAAACUGCCAUGUUACAGACCAUGUUUGAGCAAUGACAGAUAGGAGCUGGUUAGUACCUUAUUGCUUUCCAGGCUUAGAACAUAGGCCCUCAUUCCGAGUUCUUCGCUCGCUAGCCGCUUUUCGCAGCAGUGCACACGCUAAGCCGCCGCCCUCUGGGAGUGAAGCUUAGCAGAAUUGCGAACGAAGUAUUCGCAAUAUUGCGAAAAGAUUUUUCUUUGCAGUUUCUGAGUAGCUCCAGACUUACUCUUCCAGUGCGAUCAGUUCAGUGCUUGUCGUUCCUGGUUUGACGUCACAAACACACCCAGCGUUCGCCCAGACACUCCCCCGUUUCUCCAGCCACUCCCGCGUUUUUUUCCCAGAAACGGCAGCGUUUUUUCACACACUCCCAUAAAACGGCCACUUUCCGCCCAGAAACACCCACUUUCCGCCCAGAAACACCCACUUCCUGUCAAUCACACUACGAUCACCAGAACGAAGAAAAAACCUUGUAAUGCCGUGAGUAAAUACCAAACUUCUUAGCAAAUUUAUUUGGCGCAGCCGCAGUGCGAACAUUGCGCAUGCGCAGUUAGCGGAAAAUCGCACUGAUGCGAAGGAAAAGAACGAGCGAACAACUCGGAAUGAGGGCCCUAGGCCCCUUAAUUUUUAUUAGCCAUUAUUCCUUCAUAGACUAUUGCAAUAUCCAGUGAGCCUAGUGCCAGUCACCAGACAUUUGAAAGCCAUUGACACACAGUGGAUGCAGAUAUUUUGUUUGGUCACCCAAUAUUUGUGAGAAUGUAGCCUGUUAAUACUCUCAGAACAAGUGUUUCAUCAAUAUUCACUAUAAAGCGCCAAAAGCACGGGGACAAAAUGUGUCGCCCCCCCCCCCCCCAAAAAAAAAAAACAACAAAAAAAAACAACAAAAUUUGAUUUUGUGCAGCUUAGGGAGCUGGCCACAUCUGAAAGAUCAUCCAAUGUGAGAGAAGCAAACGUGCCAAUUUUACACCAGGGUGGGGACUUCAAUUAAAAGAGGACAAUUUUAAACACUCUGUGACGCUGGGGUUUCCUAUUCAAGUAGAAGAGAGAAAAUGUCAGAGUGAUUUCUGUAGAAAUUAAUUGUCUUUUUUACACCUCUCUGGAGCAAGUCCUGGUUUUUCCUAAAAUGUAUUAUUUUUGGGAAAAAUCACCGGGACAUGCUCUGGCAUCCUUGCGACACCCUAUUAAGGACUAAAUAAGCAAUUGGAGGCAGCAGCAGGGAGAACUAAAUCUCCCAACAGCCCACCUCCCCAAUGCAAAGAUGGAAACCACUGGUAAGUAUAAUUUUAUUUAUUCUCGCACCACAGCGUUUUCAAAGCUGAAAUCCCCGCGACCACUUUUUUAAAAAUUGGAUAGUGCGGGUAGCGGGAGCGCACAUACCUGUGAUUAAUCAUCUGCAAGUUCUAUCUCUCCUGACAUUCACAUAUGCAUCUGUGCUGUAGUCUGCUUUAGCUGCAUAAAUGUGAACACACUUUUACUGUACUUGGCCACAACCUGCAAGAUCCCUCUCUCCCAGAUUUCUCCUAAGUGCAAGGAAUUGUAAGUCCAAAAUGCGUUUGCUGGUAGCAUAACAUUUUAUUUACUUUUCUUUUAAAAGCACAAUUUGCACCAAAACAAACGCUUCUGUACAACUAAGCAUCAGCCCUGAGGUGUUGGUGAAAAUGCCGUUCACAGUGACUUGAUGGAUGCAUUUCCAUAAAUGUUGAUUAAUUUCACAAAAUGGCUGCCUCCACUGUAGUUAACUGGUGCUGAUCUUCAAAAUGUUGUGGUGUUUGGAAAUGCUAUAUUUUGCCUUUUUCUUUGAAUGUUUAGGAUUCCUACAGGACCUGACAUAACAUCAUCUCCCACCCAUUGAGACUCUGUUGCUUCAUUUACUGCCUACCAAACUUUGUUUCCUUUCCAUAUAUGUUCUACUGUAUGCUCACAGACUAACUACAUUACAUCUUUAGGCAAAUGCUUUUCAGACCUCUGGAGCAGUGCCCAUGUUAAGCACAUUAAUUAGGGAUUUAUUUACAUUGGUUGUUAUGGGUAUCCUGUAUAUGUUCCAGAGACUUAACGUUAAUAUUACCUUUUUAUUUUACUUAAUGUUUGCCCUUUUCAAGGUUGCCACUAUAGAUAUGCCCUGCCCAUUUUGCUACAUUUUAUUUAAUAACUGCUAUUCUGAAAUAUUAAUAAUCUUCAUAUGAUUUUUUUAUUUGCAAAUUGCAUUUUUUUACUAUUUAUUACUGUUUUGUAAAUAAAUGAUUAUUCAAAUAUAAUUUUGUCAUUAAAAAAUAUGAAUUUAAUUUUAUCUUCUCUAUAAAUUAACCUUUUGAAGCAAUAGGGGUGUUAUUUCAUUCCUUUCUGUUUCAUUAUUUAUUUUCCCAUAAAAUUGUAUAUAUUGUAAAGUUUAUUGGAGUAACAUGGCUGUGAAAGCUUUGCAAAACCAUACAUUAAUUGCUUCAGUCUGUACCUGUCUAAUACACAUUUCUAAGGUCACUGUAGAGAAAGUAUCUUCUGUAUUAUGUGGUGAAUUUGGUACAGCAUGCCUAUUUUGUACAUUUGUGUAAAGUGAUGUUUUGUUCAGCAUUUUUGAUACUGAUGCACAGUUCUGUCAGUAAAUUGAUUUUUUUCGUAGACAGAAUACAUCAUUUGGAGAUUUGAUUUGCCAAGCCCAACUUAUGAAGAGGCUCAAAAUGUGAACAUAAAUUGCCUUUUGUUUUAAAAUGAGUGGAUAGGUAGGAUCUAGAACACAUACAUAUUUUGCCUUUUUAUACUAGUACUUCCUAUAAGAAUGAUUUAAUGACACCUUCCCCCGUGACACCUAGCCACAGACAAUGAAACAGAUAGAAAUACACAAUUAAUAUUUUGAAAAUCAUUCUCAUGUUCGUGAAUAAGGUUUUAACUCUAUUGGGUAAUAUGCAGAAAUAAUUACUAUCACGUUUGACACCUCGGUUUGCUUUUUGGGAAACAAAUGUUUUUGUAGAAACUGGCUAUAGGCAUGCUUUAGGUCCUUUCUGGGUGUGUUAGAGCAAUCCACUCUUAUGUUUUCUUUCUUAAUGUAAUUGGUGUUAAUGAGACAACUUUGCAAAAUAUGGUAAUUUCUAUUAAUAGGGAGGUUUAACGAUCGCUUGUAUCCCCUUAUGGGAUGAGGAUGGAGAACCACGUCCCAAAACCCCUUUUGUACCUAGAUCUUGAAGGCAUGUAGAAGAUGUAAUGUCAUCGUUACUGGUCAUGGCAAUAAUGCACUGCAAUGUAAGGUGACCAGUGGCUGUGUGGUGCAUAGUGACUGCUUGUUACUCAGGGAAGCAGGAGAUGAGCAAUUUGAGGGAUCCCAACAUCCCAAACACAGACCGUUCAAGGGUUCAAAUAAUGGGGUAGAUGCAUUAACCUGUAGAAGGCAUAAGGAAGUGAUAAACCAGUGAUAAAGCAGUGAUAAGUUCAAAUUGAUAAUGCACCAGCCAAUCAGCUCCUGUUAAUUUACAUAUGGGAGCUGAUUGGCUGGUGUGUUUACCACCUUGCAUUUAUCACUGGUUUAUCACUUCCUUAUGCCUUCUCCAGGUUAAUACAUCUGCCCCACUGAUACAGGACAAAUCCAUAAUCUUUAGGGUUUAAAUAUAUAUAGAUCCAAUUUAAAAAAAAAUCAGACUGAUUAUACAGUAGAUCAGCCAUAUUAUUUUUUUUUCUUUAAAACCCCCCACAAAUAAGCGGUUAUGUGAAAUAAUGGUAUACUUGCCUACUCUAUUUCGUGGGGCACAUCCAGGAUCUUAGGAGAGUAAAUGACCGUCCACAUCUAGUUUAUUUUAAGUAGGCAGGGUUAUGAUGACAUUAUUUGGGUCAUUGCGGCACUCCCGCUCACUGCAAAUUGCAGCACUCUUCAAUCAGUGUGGGGGCAGAUUCCCACAUCCCACCUUGCAGUUGCCAGUGGGACCUCACCCAUCAGGAAGGAAUCCUACAGAAUUGGAAAAUACACAACUGACUCCUUGUAGCAUUAUUUCCUGAUUGCUAAGAUGUUUAACACACAUCUGGGGUCAGAGCUUAGGAUUUGUGUUAGGCUAAAUAAAUAUCUCAUUAGAACUCUGGUCCAUGAUUAUGGCAACACUUAGGGGGGGAAUUCAAUUACCCCCGAAAAUGUAACUGGUGCAAAAAAACAGGAGUAACCUCAAGCUUUUUCACUUUUUUUUAAGACUACGGGUUAUUCAAUUACAGCCCAUUUUUUGCAUCCUUUAAUGCUCUGGUUUUUGGUCAUUACAACAUAUGGGGUGAUUUAAAUAAAUGAGGUAAUUUAUUGCAUGAAAAGUCCAGCAAAAAUGGCUUUUCGGAGUAUGUGCACUCCCAUUUUGACCUAUCCAAUUGUAAAUGCGUGAAAACAGGAUUCAUGUGAAAAUUCUUGCUGGCAAAACCAGUGAAAAUGGGAAAAUCUGCCUGUACCCCAAAACAAGCCAAACUAAUAUAGUAUAACAUCAUAGAAGUGUAUUAGUGGUCAUAAUAAAAGUAGUUGGGGGUACAUAAAUUGGGUCAUGCAUUUGAUUUUUUUUUUUUAAAGCAAAAGAAUGAUAGAAAGCAAGUGUUUUUCAGCAAAAUAAGUGCUCAAAUUAAAUUGGGAGUACUAAAAAGGGUAUAAGUAUACAUUUGGGUAAUUUUUAAGCCACUUUAAAAAAGUAAAAAAAUAAAAUAAAUAAUUACUCCCACCUGCAGGCAGAAAAACACUUGUCCCACUCAUAAAGCACCCCAAUAUACCAGUCCCACACCUUGUACCCACAUUUCCAUAAUAUUUCUCUUUUUACCCCAACAUGUCGUCAUUGGACAAUUAUAAAUGAUUAAAAACUUUUACCUGCCUAAUUAGUCACUCAGGGAGGUGUCAAAUAGGGAUUUUACCCAACGUUUCACCUGCUCAGGAUGUGGUGAAAAGAAAUUAGUGGUAAACCCAUGGAGAAUCAUUGUAUAUCAUUUUUUACAGACAAUUGAAUACCGGCUUUUACGUGGGUCGCGAUAAAAUCACUGUUGAAGUAAAUUGUAUUCCCCUUAUAGAAUCCGUGAUAAGUUCACAGACCUAUGUGUUAACACCUCUGGCUUUGUGAAAACUGGCUACUUAACUAGAAAAAAAAAUUCGGAGCCUAAUUAGGUCCUGAAAAAAAUCCCUGCUAAGAGCUGCCGGCGGAAUGUAUUCGGUGCUAAUUGGGUAGCCCUGGCUUAUCAAUUAGCCUGUGGUAAAUUACUGUGGCUAAUUGAAGAAGCCCCCCCCCCCCCCUCCCCCCUACAGUGAAAAAAAUGAGUCUUGCAGUUUUAGGUUUUAUUUUAUAUUGUAAGUGGAUAUUUUUUUUCUAUUAGUAAAAGCUGACUUAAUGGAAACUUGCCAUACAUUUAUUGGCAAUUCAUCCACUUUUGUUGGACCUACUGUAUAGUAAAUGAGCGUAAUCUAAAGAUAACUCCUACUCUUAACAGUUUGUUAGCUGGUUUCACGUUAUCGUUUCCAGAAGUUUCAACAUUAGGUUCAAAACAGUUGACCUAAUUUUAUAUACUAUUGUUUAAUUGAGCUUAACUGCUUUCCUCUUUGUAAGUGUGUGCUUUGAUUGGCUUAUACUGACAGCAGUAAUAGGCAGCAUUCUGCUUCUAGGUGUUAUGGAACUAGAGUCCAAGGCAGCUGCAGAGCCCCAAAUGAUUUUAACCUGCCUUGUAGUAAGACCUGAGUAAAUUGUGGCUUUUCCUUAGAACUUUGCCCAUCUAAGAUAGAAUUUGAUCAGGUGUCUCAUAUCGUGCUGCUCAUAUUUUUACAUGUAAGUUAUUUUACAAGUGACCUUCAGCUGAAGUCAACAGGCAGGUAAAUUAUUGCUACCCCAAGAGUUAAUAAGUUUGCUAACAAAUCUUAUGGAAAUGCAUCUAUGCACGCUAGAAAGAACGGGGGCAAUAGACACAGACUUAUUUUUGUAUAGAGUCCCCCCCCCUCCCCCUUAUCUGUAACCUAAACUGACAUAUAAGCUAAAUGAAAGAAAAGCCAAUAUUAAUAUACCUGAAACAUUAGACAUCUAUGUAAUGUCGUAUUUAUUUAUGUAUGCAUAGCAAUUUAUAUGGUCACUAUACUGUAUAUUGGCACCUCUACAGGUGCUGAACCUUUUUGACUGCCGCUAGAUAACUUGAUAGCCAUUUAGUUUGAUACAGUGAUAUUAGUGUGUAUGACUGUAACAUUAUGAUUUAAUGGGACACUUUGGGGAAUAGCUCAAACCUGAUUUUCUCUGUAACAAAUUUGUGCAAAUUCUUUCAGAGAUACUUUUUUUUUUUAAUACAUUUUAUACACUUGCAAUACAUGUGCACAGUCCUUCUGCAAAUUAUUAUCUGUGUAUAAUCAAAUACAACAUUUAAUCUCUGAUAGCUGGCAAAAGUGCAGUGUGGCUGUGGUUUCUGUGUAUGGAUGCCAGCACCUGGAAAUUGCUAGCAAUUCCGUUUUUUUUUUACAUUUUAUAACUAUUUGUAUUCUAAAAAAAAACAAAACAUAGUAAUUAUACAUAGAACCAGGUAAAUGCAUAUGACUGAUUUUAUACAUUAUAAAUAUAUGUUUAUAGGAAAAGUAAAACUUAUUUUACUUGUGUACUGCCAAAUAGUCUGACUAUAAGGAUAAUUCUGUGGAUAACUGCGCUAUCAUAAAGGUAUGUCCACGCUGCUGAGAGUAGGGAAGGUUUAGUUUGUUAAUUUGAUAUUUUUUUUAAUGCUUUUACUUAAUUUUCAACUUGUGCUAUAAAAAUGUUUUGUGUUAAUAUGUUAAAGCAAAAUUAGCCUUCUGCCGCAAUUAGUUUUCCCUACAUUGUAGUGCUUUCCGAUUGUGGUCAUUUGACUUUUUUUUUGCCAAUGGUUAAUCUGUAUAGUUGGCACUUCUAUAAAUGUGCAGGAGUACCCCUGAAAUCCAGGGAGCGCUGGACGUGUGCUUAUUGAUUAUAGAGACUUGACAAAAUAGCAACCUGUAAACCUAAAAUGCAAAUUGUAACAAUAAAAAAAGACAUCUUAAUAUUUAUCACUGACCAUUCAUAUGUUGAAUAUUUCAUAUUUGGUGUGUAGUGAAAUGCUUGUAUUCUUGCAGCAAGCUGUAGGUGCCUUUUAAAAGGCUACAUACACAGUGGUGCAAAGAGGUUUUUAAAGUAAAAAUGCAUAUUCCGUUUAUGUGUUUACAGGUGUGUUCAGUCUGCAUGUGUCUGUGACAAGACAGCCAAAUGUAUGGGGGAAAGCAUAUAGAAAUACUGCAUCUCCCUGUGUUUACAGUGCACUCCCUUUUGAGAUGAAUGUAACUCUUCAACUGCUUUAAUGCACAUUGACUCCCUAAAAUAGAUUAAGGCGCAAUUAAAAAUGCAGAAGAGGGCAACACUAAUGCAUAUAAAAUAUACUGGUACAAUGAAUAUUUACGUAUCUUUACUAUUUGGGGAACAGAAACCCCCCCCCCUUUUUUUUUUUUUAAGCAAGUAGCUGCUUUGUCAUUUUGGAACACCCUACCUCCUGACCAUGUCCUAAAUUGGUACAGUGAUUUGGAGCUUGACAGGUGUGAGCCUAAAAGCUGGAAAUAUGUGGUGCAUGGGGAUGUAAAUGUAAUAUAUAAUAAUCUAUUACGCGUCUUUUAUAAAAUAUUGCCACUGAAACAAAUAAAGUGCUGACUUUGUUUACCAUUUCUUAAUGAAAUCACUAAAGACAAAGAUUUCUUUCUUUUUUGACUACCUGUCUGUGUUUUUCUUGUCUGUUCACUCAUAUUAUGGUGCUAGUCUUUUGAGUGUGAGACCACAUUAAAGGUAUACUAGUGUGCCAGACUGUACUUACUGUUAUUUUGGCUUCAUUUUAUUGAACUAUUUCCAUGAUAAAAAAAAUGAAUCUCUGGAUGAGUUUUGCAUGGUGCAAACACAUCCUUAUUUUGCUUUGUAUAAAACCUAUAUUCAUUCUCUGCAAAAUAUAAUUUGCAUAUUUGCUGUUCUCAUGCAAAUGCCAAUAAGGGUGCAACCAUCAUUUGUUCUGAACUCUACAAAUGAAUAUCCAACAAUAUCUCAUGUAUAAUAAUUUACUAAGAAAGGUCACUUUACUCCAUAGCUUUGUAUUUGUAUUUGUACACUCUUUAAGUGGAACUCUACACUAGUAUGCAUUGAAAUAUCACCCUGGUCUGACAGCUCUUCCUUGUCCCUAAUGCUACCGAUGGCAGACAGCGUUUUCCCCUGCAGAGGUUUUAUCUAUAAAAAUGUUUGAAUUGAUAUGUAUGUGCGCAGGGUAAGCAUGUGACCAUCAUGCACCACCUCCUGCAUAGGGGGGCAGCCGUGACUCUUAUCCUCUCCCUCAAUCACCCAUAGCAUUUAUAAUGGCCAGUAUUCCUGGUACAGGAUCAUAGAAAGUCAAGCACUUCAAGUUUUCAAUUCGUUUUUAGUUCACGGAGUGCAGUGAUUGGCUGGCCAGUCAUCAAGUCAGCACUCUGACACAAGCAUUGGCAGGGCACUUAAAAUUACUGAUGGAAGGAUUGCAUAUUGACUGGGUAUCAGAUGGUGAGGACCUCACAACUGGUGGGAGUCCCAGGAUUCUGGUCCCUGUGAUUCUGUUAAUUGACAGUUUGGUUGUCUACCAUUUUGUCUUUGAGUGGAGUAGUUCUUUAAAAUGGUGGUGAGAGCUUCCUUAUUGAAUGUAGAAAGUAGACCUUUUAGUAGUGUUCUCGAAAUUUAAAGCCAUAUUGCAAAAUGCCGCAUGACUUCUUUCUGUGUUGUUGUUUUUUUUACUAUUAUUUUGUUUUUGAGUGUGUUAAAAAAAAUAUAUAUAUAUUUCAUGUUCAAAUUUUUGGAUUAUGAAUUUUUUUUUAAUUAUUAUUAUGAAAAUCAAGGCAGGUUAGCCUAAUUUCUACCCAUGCAGUCAUUGUGAUUUAUUGGAUAGUAUUGUAGAAAUUGGAACCUGUGCUUAAUCAUUUAUAUGCAAUGUGCAGAGAAAUGCAGUAAUUUAUCCCUUGCUCAGUUAGUUUUUUGAACACCUAAGAUAAAAUGUGCUGCUUUCUUGCAUUUAAAGUACCAUUUUACCUGCAAUUUAUGCACAUUUGCACAAGUAGUUGGCACGCCUGUAUUAAUACACACACCUGGGAACUGUGUAGCUCAUCAUGUAUUAUUUCUAUGUGUAUGCCUUUUAGGAAAAGAGAUCUAUUUCAGGGUGAAAAUGAAGAAAGAUGUUAUUUUUCAGUAAAGCUAUAUUAAGUUUUCAUGCAUACUCUUCAGAAAGUAUUUAUGUUGCAUGUUAACAAAUAUAUAAUGUGAAGAAAUUGAUUAAAGAGCAUGUAUAAAACAUUGCAGACUUUGUGAUAACUGCAAAAUGUCUAAAACGAAGAAAGCUGCUUGCAGGUAGCGAAAUUCUCUGCUUUAGAAUAUUUGCCAAUGAUGUAUAUAAAGAUCAUGCUUUUAAGUAACUGUGAUUGUGAAUUACAUAAAUCAAAACUGUCCUCUACCUCACAAGAAGUUAACAGGUCUUUUGUAUGGUUUGAAACAAGACAAUAUACAUUUAUCUGGUCAAUCAGUUUACAAAAUGUGGGAAAAUAUAUAUAUUGCAACAUUGCAUACUGUGCUUUCUGCUUAUACCUCAAAAUGUAUUUUUGUGCUGUUCUCCAUUGUCAUUCCUUUGUAAAUAUUGAAAACCAAUGGUGGAUUUAAAUCUUAAUAAAACAUGAUGUGGUGA